AUGGCCCGCUGGGAGCUGGCCAAAAUCACAAGAAAGAGAAAGCCAUGGGUAAUUCUUGCAAUAACAUUAGCGGUCAUUGUAUUAGUACGUAUUGUGCAAACGCCUUCCCCGGAUGAAAUCAAAAUAGCUGACUUCAUGAAACAGUGGUGUCGAAUAAGGCAAGCACGUGUAGACUGGGAACAAAUGCUGAAACCAUGUAAAGGAAAUCUUGCGUGGGGAACCAAACUUCCCGGAUGGGAUUUCGAGUUCCGCACAGAUCCGGAUGAAAGCUAUAUUUCUUUGUGGGAUAUUCGUCCGUGUGGAGAAUUCAGCAGGCUUAGUAUUAGAACAGUAACAAGCAAAGGAUUGGAGAAGAAAAUCGGUGGGGACUCGUGGAGAGUUCAUCUCAAGGGUCCGGCCUCUGUUGCUGGGACUGUUAUUGAUCAUAUGAAUGGGACCUAUGAAGUCUUGUUCCUGAUUAUUGAGCCUGGGAACUACCAAGUAGAAGCUAUACUGGAUCAUUCACUUUGUGAUGGGUUCGCUGAUCCACCGCCAGACUGGUUUAUUGUUGGUACGUUAUAUAUCUAUUAAUGGUGGCUCACAUAAGUUAUAUUCAAAUCAAAGGUCGAUUAUCAAUGAAAACACUGUUCACGAAUUUGUUUUUUGCUGGCUUUCUCUCAUCUUAUCAUGUUAUUAUGAGUUUUGAAUUAACUUUGUUCUACAAUAAUCAAUUCAUUAGGAUCAGAAGUAGGCUAAGUUUACUACUUUGUUUUGUCAUUUGUUUUCUAUUCUUUAAUUUGCGUUUUGCCUUAGGUACAAUAAAAUAAGAUGACACCAAUAAUCGGUAACUAUAAAGACCUUUACUUUUCAUAUUUCUCUUACUUUUAUGGAGCCACUCAAAAAGCAAUUUAGUUUGUUCUUUCUUUUAGCCACAAAUUUUGUCAUCAGGUGCUUCAACAGAGGAUAUUCUCUAUUGGGUGUUUUCGAAUAUGACCUCUGAAUGUCUUUCAUGCACUUCACUUACACUUGUUCUUGAGAAUCAUUAUCAAUGAAAACUAAUGACUGGUCCCGAGUCGAGGGAAACAGUUAAUUUUGUUUCCCGAGAAUCUCAAUGUUUCCCGAGGCGAAACCUGUAACGACGGUCGCCGGUCAACUUCGCGGGUAACAGCGCACCGCUGCCCUCUGAUGCCAUAGAUUUUGCAAUGUUGCUCGCUCAGAGAUUUUGGUGGGAAACAGUUUCAUUAUUAGGUGUCAUGUGACCUCGAAGUAACCAAUGAGAGCGCGCUGUUUGAAAGAAAUCUCCAGCUAUAUAACAAUCUGGGUCCAGUUGUUUGAAGCCCGAUUAGCGCUUAACCCGGGUCUCGUUUUCUUGUGUUCAAAAGCAUUUUCUCCGAUAAUUUUCUCUGUUAUUUUUAGAGCCUACAAUCAUCAACUUGUAGACAAAAAGAAUUAAAGCUGAAAUGCUUUUUAAGCUUUCAAAACUGAAUUCAAAUCUCGCACUAUCUCUGGGUUAUCUUAACCCAGCUUUGAACAACUCGGCCCUGUAAUAUACAUAUAAAACGCAAGAUACUACCUUUCAGGGAAUGCACAAGGCAAAUUCCAACAAGAGGGAGUCCUGGGUCCAACUAAGAGGCCAGCUGAGCGACCAUACAUAUUGAAACCUCUGAGGUUUGGAAAUCCAGUAUGGAUUACCAUUCGUCCCAUACCUCCCGGAGAACAGCCUUUAUAUCAAGGUAAAGUUUAUAUAGAGUCUUAAGAAUAUAAAUUAAACUAAAAUGCAAAUAAAAGGUUGUGAAAGCUCUUCGUUAGCAAUUAUUCUAGGGAAAGUUGACAUGACAAGUCUUGUUGGUCCUUUGAACAUUAUGCCGAAAGCUAUUUCGCUAUGCUUGUUCCCUAUCGCCCAAAUAUAUUCUGGCAAAUAACGUCCCUAUAUAUAACAUCUGUUAACUGGAAAACUCAAUUAGUUAAAGUAAAUAUGUUCGCCAUAGUUGAGUAAAAUUUUAAUCGGUUAAAAAAUGGCCUUGAAAAAACAAAAUCGAACCCUGACUUUUGUGACUUAUCAAGCCAACUGGAGAGCAGGGUAAUUGUGAGUUCGUGAAUAUACCAGAUGUUGGAAAUAGAAUAAACGUCAAAAAAGGAAAAGGCGCACACGCGCCAAACGCCCAAACGGCCAGAGCUUAUACCGGUUUUCUUAGCAUAAAAAAUGGCUAGGAGUAUUGCUCCUCCCCCUGAACGGGAUGCUAGUCUAUCGCAGGGUUACUCCCCCACCUCCAGUAGUGUGUCGUCGGUACCCAAUUGUAUCGCUGGGUGAGGAGAGACAAAGUGGAGCAGAGUUCCUUGUCUAAGGAAACAACGCUUGAACCCCAGGCCUCCAGAUCCAAAAUUCCAGGUGUUAACCGCUCAGCCACACACGCCUCCACAAAAAUGCAUCGGUAUAUAUAGCUACAAAGCCGGUGAAAAAAGAGCUCGCGCUGAAAUAUGCACUGUCAAUGUUAGAUAACAUUUUCAGGGGAAUGUUAGCCAGAGUAAUGUUAGCGAAUGAUAGGGGAAUACACACUGUACCUUUUAUUUAUCUUCAUCAUAUGCGUGACAUUGCUAACCCUCUGGUUUCAGUGGUACAGUCCGCAGGCGCAGGGUUAGACCUUUCUUGUGGAAUCCGCUGCAAUUUUCUUUGGGAUGGAUUUGGUAACUGGAUCAGCAGUCAUCAAGGAACGCUAAGAUGGAAGCCUUUCAUUGCAACAGAUGGUAAGCUGGUUAAGGGAGGUCAAUCAACGAUGAUGAGCACAAGAUGGAUGAUCUUGUGUGUGCAGAAGACGAUCUUCUGUGUGUUAUAACAAUGCAGUGAUGGAGGAUGUUUCUAAAACGGGAAGCAGGGAACUGCACGGGGAGCAGGACAAUGGAAAAUGGGAACAAAAUCUAACUUGAACCCUAGACCCAGUAGCAACUUCAUAUCCAAUUGUCUCCAUUGUUCCCAUUUUUUUAAAUUUCCCGUUCCCUAUGCUCAUUCCCUUCUCCCAACCUCGUUCCCAGGGUUCUCUCCCACCCUUCCCUACGGAAACGAGGUUGCCCUGCUCCCCGUUCCUUAUUUUAGUAACAUCCUGUAAGAGGGGAUUCCUUCCCAAUGUGUUUUUAUAACUGUUGUCACGUGGUCAGUAUCUACUGGUAUGUUUUAUCGCCAUGAUUUACUCCAGUCAUUGGGACUAAAGAAAGAAUGUGUCAACUACAGGGUUUGUCUAACUUUUUAGAUAAUACGUACUAAUACUGACACAAAAACCAGUCAGGAUUAAAAAAAACAUAGUUCAUCUCCUUUCUAACAAUAUUGCACGUGAAGCAUAGAAAAUUAAAUGAGUUACUUCAGCUUUUAAUGAUAAAAACUAAAUACUGUCUUUUCUUUUUUCAAAGAAAGUGUUCUCCUCCCAGCAAAAUUGUUUACCCACGCUUCGUCUCCUUUCCCCUUUGUUUUCUUUCUUUUAUUUUAUUGUAUCCUAUUUUUAGUUCAAACAUCAUUUUGUUUUGAAUUUAAUUAAAUAAUUCAUAAUGUAAAUAUAUACAACAAAAAUUGAUCAACAACUGACCCGCUUCAAUAAGCCUUUGAAAUCUGCUGGUGAAAUUGUUUUCUGUAUUAUUUUUUUAUAAAUUCGAAACAAAGUUGUUAGUUGUUGUUGUUAACGGUAUUUGGUCUAGAUAGAUUACGGGUUUUGAAACAAAACGACCAAAUUCAGGUAAAAAAUAUUUCGAUCUUUUCUCGACACGUGCUCUUGCUAUUGCAGAUAGAGACAGACACAGUUCACUGAAUCCCAGUCCUCUCCGGCCCGAUAGUGUGCUGUGGAUAUACGGGGACUCCGUCAGCGAACAGUUUUUCUGGGGAGUCAGACCACGCCCGCUAUGCACUACUGUUUUCAAAUGGUGUGGACAUACAUACAACUGGAUAUAUCAGUUGAAGGGUAAUGACAAAAUUUACAAAUACUAGGUAACCUGCGUGGGGAAUGGAAAGGGGGGACAAAAGCGCGCGAAAACACUACGGGCAACCAACCUCGCUUCGAGGUGUCGAGUAAUAUAGAACCUUGGGGACGAGGCUGCAGGCAUCUAACCCAUUUUUGCGCGCUCUUUACCUCUCUUUCAAACACUGCUACGCACGCUGAAUGCUGAGAAAUACAAAGUGGGAAAUAAAGAUAGGGGAUGUUGGUUUUUCUUUGGUUAUAACGAAAGACUGAACUACACACAAUAAACAGUACCAAACGAAAAUACUGAUCAGUAGCUUUUAAAUGAUAGGCCAGCCUACUCUUUCAUAGGUUAAAAAUUGUAAAAUUACAACAGAAUGGUUAAGUUGACUUAAGAAGCAAGUUAUUAGGAAGCUUUAGCAUCGAAGACGUCGACAGCGGCGAAAACGCCACCUUUAAAAUGAAUUUGCUUUUUUUUCAAACUUUGCCGCGUGUAUUCCAAUGCGCAGAAGUCAAAUGUAGGCGAAUCUCCCUGGAACUGAUUUCUUGGGCACCGCACUCACUUAGGUUAAAAGGAGAAAGAAAAAUUCGUCGUCGCUGGUUUAUUAAGGACCUUAAGCAAAGGCGUUUUUGAGCGACGCGCGUCAACCGGAAUGAGGCGUUUUCCAACUUCAACGCUAUCAAAUUUGAACCCCUUGGGGGGGGGGGGGGGGGGGGGGGGUGUUUUUUAACCCCCCCCCCUGGUUCCCCCAAGAAACAAACACAACCACCCCUUUUUUUUCCUUUCCAGGAACUUUUACACCGGGGAAAUACAACAGUGACCACUUUGCUGUCCUGUUUUUAGAGUGUGGCGUACAUGUCAUUUUUAAGGGAGUUUAGACAGGGGUGUUUGGGGGCCGCGGGCGCAACGGGGGGUGGGGGUUUUCCACACUUCCACCUUCAAAAUUUGACCCCCCGGGGGGGGGGGGGGGAGGGGUCGUCGUUGCUAACGCUCCCUACUAGUAUCUCCAAGAAACAGACAAUAACGUCCACUUUUUUUCACUUGCAGGAAAUCUUACAGCUGCGAAAAUCGCAGAUGACAACCUUGACUUCAGUUAUUUGAGAGUAGCGAGUGAAGUGCUUGACAUUAUAACAAAACCGUUUUUCGAUAAAAACAGCGCGAUCCUUCUGAAUGCAGGGUUACAUUACUUGGAAAGCACAAACUUUUCUAAUUAUCAAAAGACUAUUUCCUCGUUGAUACGGCUCUUCGACGAAACAAAAGUGGUUAGGAGAGCGAAUGGAGACGGCCUUUUUCCCGGAGAAAUGAUCUGGAGAACAACGACAGCCUUGAAUAAACAUAAGCUUGACGGAAAACACAUACAAGGAAGGAGAUUUUUAACGUAUCAGGUACCAAAUGUUUCUACUUUGCCUUGUUUUGUUUGCAAACUAUGAUUUAUGGUCAUUUUUUGGCGCAGGUUAUGUCGUGUUAUUUUGCACUGAUUUAGUGCUGACUAUUCUAUUCGUCAUUUAGAACUUAAUGGUGACUAUAACUAUCAUGAAUUUUGUCUUCAGAUAAAAUCACCCACCCCUCAAGGAACUGAUCUAUAUAUAAAAUUUUCUCAUAGACUAAUAAGAUUCCAGGUCCUUUUAGGUUCAAGACCUUUUUGAGACAUGGAUAAUCCCCGGGGGGGGGGGGGCACUGCCACAUAUGGGCUAUAUAGGUAUGUGCCGCUGUGAAGGGUAUGGUUUUCAAGCAGUUAACUCUAGGAUAGGGUAUAUAAAUCAGAGCGUCUGGGUCUAGAAUAGGGUAUAAUUUUUCAGGAAACUGAUCAGUUGGGUGAAGAUUUUAAGAUCUAAUCCCUUUGUCGAUGAGAUCCUAUCCCCCCUAAACCCCUCAAAUGAGAUCAUAUCCCAUCGUUUUAAGUCGACUUGAUCGAGAUCAUAUCCAAUUCCCAAGGUCCCAGGGUCGCCGUGUAGGGGGCCCAGAAAUUCCUAAAGUACCCCCCCCCACCCGGGGGGAUAAUCUCAAUGUACAGGCCAGAAAGGUUUAAGACAGCAAAGGGUAAUGGCGGCAAGCGCUCUGUUCUUCCACAUCCGCAACCCUGAACCUUGCAAUGGAUAAGCAUUGAUUGAAAAUGUCUAAAAAGCUAGAGACGAAAGUCCCUUCCUUCUCCAUUCAUAAAUAUGCAGAAAAAGGAGAAAAAACCAGCAAUCUCGUUCCCAGGGCCCUCUCGUACUCGUCCCCGCUACGGGAUACCUGGCAACGAGGUUGAAGCAACAGCGGUAUCUAUGCAUAUAAAAACUAAACUAAACGGAACAAUCAUCAAUUAUUUUUUUCUCUCCUAG